AUGGCGACCAUUGCGAGAACCAAGAAGGUCACUGAUCCUCUCGACGAUAAAGUCAAAGCCAGAAUCUUCGGCUUCAGCAGCGGAAGUGAGCACAGCGCUCACAACGAGGACAUCGAUGAUUCCCCUUGCUUAUCCAAUCUCCUCUGCGGAUUUCUCGACGCACAAGACCACGUCACCAUAAAAGACUCACAGCAAAAUGAAAACGAUUCUGAUUCCGAAGAUAUCAUCGAUCAUCAUAUUAGCAAUGCCGAUGUCGAGAAUUUGAAACAGGCUAGUAGGAGCGAAAACAGUGAUCAUUUCAGGAAUGUACUUGCGAGUCAAGUUUCGAAAGCAAUCGAGAUUUUUUGGUUCGUAAAUUCGAACGGAUCGCUUUUGAGGAGAAAUGUUAUGGCAUUUCUACGAAGCGGCGGUUAUAAUGCGGGAAUUUGUAAGACGAGAUGGGAGAGUUGCGGAGGACUCACUGGUGGAAACUACGAGUUUAUCGAUGUGUUGAAAUCAAAUGAUCCGAGGAGUGAUCGGUACUUUAUCGAUCUUAAUUUUUCGGUUGAAUUCGAAAUUGCGAGGCCGACUCGUGAGUAUGAGCUGAUGGUGCAGACAUUGCCUAAGGUCUUUGUUGGAAAAUGUGAUCAGCUAAAAACGAUUUUGAAAAUAAUCAGUGACGGAACUAGAAAGUCGAUCAGGAGUCGAGGACUGCACCUCCCCCCGUGGCGAAAAAAUCGGUUUAUGCAGAUGAAGUGGUUCGGACAGUACCGUCGGACUGUUAAUUUGAUCCCAGCGAGUGUUUCUUGUCCGGACAAACAAAUGGUGAAAUGUAGGUCGGUAGGCUUUGACGCCGUGAAUACCCGGACGUUAAUUACUCGUACAAGAUAG